GAGGCUGAAAAAUUGCUAGCAGAACAUGAUACACUGGGCCGCGAGAUCUCAGGAUAUGAGCCGGAUUUCAUACGCCUAAUGGAUUUCGGUCGACAUGUUACCGAAGAUAAAUCGGAUCCUCAGUAUAUGUGGUUGGCUCAGCGAUUAAACGGUCUUUCAGAUAGCUGGGAGGGUCUCAAGACAAUGUACAUCAAUCGUGGAAAUGUCUUGCAGCAUGCCGUUGAGGCCCAGACAUUCUUUCGUGAAGCAACCCAAGCUGAUGUUAUUCUUAGCCGGCAAGAUAAUUUCCUAUCAAAAGAAGAUUUACCAGUAAGUAAUAAAAAUGUGAUGAAAUCACUCUAA